AUGAGUGGGAAACAAAUUCGUAUUAUUUCACUCUUAGUGUUGGACACGGCGUUCUUCCUCUUGGAAGCCAUAGUUGGUUAUAGUGUCCAUUCAUUGGCUUUAGUAGCUGAUUCUUUCCAUAUGCUUAAUGAUAUUAUUUCCUUGAUCAUUGCUCUUUGGGCUGUUAGAGUGAAGGAAACAAGAAAGGCAUGUGGAAAGUACACUUAUGGAUGGCAAAGAGCUGAAAUCUUGGGCGCUUUAAUCAAUGCUGUCUUUCUUUUAGCUUUGUGUUUCACAAUUAUCAUUGAAGCUAUUCAAAGAUUCUUUGAACCUCAAGUAAUUUCUAACCCGAAGUUAAUUCUUGCAGUUGGUUGCGCCGGUUUGGCAUCUAACUUCCUUGGGUUGGUCUUAUUCCAUGAACACGGUCAUUCUCAUUCUCAUGGUGGUAGUGGUUCCGGUCAUUCCCAUUCACAUGAUAACCAACACGAUGAAGAAUCUGCUGUGCAAUCUUCUACAUUCCCUAAGCCUUCAUUUCCUGCUAAAAGUGGGUCUUCUUCUGAUAUCUCCAGUUAUUUGCCUGAUCGUUUCAUUGAAAAUUACAACGAAAGAAGCGGCUUAUUGCCCAAGAGCAAUGGAAUUAAUCAAUCUCAUCCACACUCUAACGAAAAUGAACAUUCUCCAGCCGCUCCUAAAAGGCAAAAGUCUAUGAAUAUGGAAGGUGUCUUUUUACAUGUUUUGGGUGAUGCCUUGGGUAAUAUUGGUGUUAUUUGUGCAGCUUUGUUCAUUUGGAAGACUGAUUACUCCUGGAGAUAUUAUACUGAUCCUAUCAUCUCUCUUGUGAUAACUGUUAUUAUCUUUUCUUCUGCAUUACCAUUAUGCAAGAAGUCUGCAAAGAUUUUGUUACAAGCAUCUCCACCAUAUUUGAAUUCUGAAGCUCUUAUUCAAGAAAUUAUCACUUUGGAUUCAAUCAAGUCCUUACAUGAUUUCCAUGUGUGGAACUUGAAUGAAGAUAUUCUUAUUGCGUCUUUACAUUUGGAAUUAGUUUCCAACACUGAUGAUUGUAUUAAAAAGACUGAUUUCUUAAGUGCUGUGGGUCAGGUUAGAGAAAUAUUGCAUCGUUACGGAAUUCAUUCAGCGACCAUUCAACCUGAAUUUGGUGAGCUGCAAAUUGUUGAAGAAGCUGAAUUCGACUCUUAUGGAGCCAUUACGAAGGAUCAUUGUCAACUUGAUGAAGUUGCUAACUGCAGUGAUGCUUGUUUGAGACAAUAG